AUUUCAAUGCGGUUUUUAGUUAUAGUUAUGAAAAGCUUGAAAAGGGACAAUUAAUACAACUAUGAAUAUGUUUUAAAAGUGACAUUGUUAAGUUUUGUGUGUUGACAUAUUUUAUAAACGCAUUUAAUUUUUUAUGUUACGAGUUUAAACCCAGCUGAGUAAUACAGGUAAUAUUCAAGUUGCCUAGUUGGUAACAUAUAUCAACAAAAUGGCUGCACAUUUAAGUUCUGUUAAUCAAAGUUCAGAUAUUUUGAAGGACUAUUGCUGUGAUGCAUGUGAAGGUAAACAUAUUCCCAAAAUCGCAGAGUGGUAUUGUGAAACCUGUCUGAAGUGUUUUUGUGUACAAUGCAAUAAUUAUCACGAUCAGUUAUAUUCUUACCAUACCACAUACGGUAGAGGAGACAUACGCAAGUGGCCUCUAACUAAGAAAAUCGAUGACUUUCUCCAGAAAUGUGAUGUCCGCAAAGACAAAAGGCUGAAAAUGUUAUGUAAGGACCAUGGUCAACUGUGCUGUACUAACUGUGCUUUUGUAAAUCACAGCCAGCAAGAAAAGUAUGAGCAAGAUGCAGGAGUCCGAAGAAUUUCUUAAGCAAACAACUGUCGUGAUUGGUCAUUCAUUUUCAUUCGAACACAACACAGACAUUGAGCAGUACUUGUCCGAACAGGUGGGUCUGGGAAAGAUUCUACAGGAAACACAGUCUUUGCCACUACACGCUGAUCCAAAUCAUGUAUUUACUGUUUUGCAAGCCAACCAAUAUGAUGUGAGCUUACCGAGUGAUUCACAACAGAAAACCCAAUAUAUCACAAGCAUCUGUAUUAUCGAUAACGAUAAGAUCAUUCUUACUGACAACGGCCUUAAAAGAGUGAAGCUUCUGGACCAGCACUACAAAGUGAUCAGCCACCUAGAUAUGCAUCUUUCUGAAGGAGGCAUGUGCCAAAUCAGUACAAAUGAAGUGGUAUUGGCUUUGAUUGAGUGGUCUACACAUAUGCUCCACUUUAUUUGUGUUAAUAAUGGGCAGCUGGUGAAGGGCAAUAAACUCAAGUUACAACAUAAGUGCUCUGGUAUUGCCUAUCAUUCCGGCAACCUGUUUGUAAACUCCCGUACUGCUCUGAAACAGUACAAUAUGUCUGGGGAACUUUUAAAAUCAUUGUUUGAAGAUACAACUGGUAGUGCCACAGUAUUCAAGUGUGCCGUAAGUCUACCCGGCGACAGGAUCUAUGUCACCAACCACAUACAUAGCAAGCUUCUGACACUGGCCACAGAUGGAACCAUAAUAUCUUCUUUUACCGACCCUGAACUGCGGAAUCCGUAUGGGGUACAUGUUACUACAGCAGGCCAGGUACUAGUCUGUGGCUGCUCAUCAGCUUCUAUUUUACAGGUAGAUAAGGAAGGCAAGAAGAAGCUGGCUACGCUCAAAUCAAAGAAGUAUGGUAUGUUUGAACCAGUGUCAGUAUGCUACGAUAGCAAAACUAACUCCGUUAUUGUUGGACAACAGCACUCCACGAAAAAUAUACUUGUAUUAAAAGUCAAAUAAUAAGGAUCAUUUGCAGUGUGUAUACAACCUAUGUUGUAAAACAACAGACAAUCAUGUGUUUUUAUCAGCUAGUUUCAACAUCAUUUGUCGUUAAAUUACUUUGUAAUUCUAUUUGAUAAACACGUAAUGCACAUGGUUAUUUUUUGGAUUAGCAUCUAAUAUAUCUUCAGUGAGGUUUCUUUGUUUAAGCAGUAUUAAUUUGUUGGGAUCUUAAAUCGACAGUGAGGAGUUGUGCUUAUUGUGCAUUGAUUAGUGUGUGAGGGUAUGAUUAGUGUGUGAGGGUAUGAUUAGUGUGUGAGGGUAUGAUUAGUGUGUGAGGGUAUGAUUAGUGUGUGAGGGUAUGAUUAGUGUGUGAGGGUAUGAUUAGUGUGUGAGGGUAUGAUUAGUGUGUGAGGGUAUGAUUAGUGUGUGAGGGUAUGAUUAGUGUGUGAGGGUAUGAUUAGUGUGUGAGGGUAUGAUUAGUGUGUGAGGGUAUGAUUAGUGUGUGAGGGUAUGAUUAGUGUGUGAGGGUAUGAUUAGUGUGUGAGGGUAUUAUACAUUUAUUGAUUAGAAGACCAUUGAAUAGCUUGAUAUUAACCGGUAGACACGCAAACCAACCUCGUUUUCGCCUUUGUAAGCGUGUUUCUGCAAGUGAAUUUUAGACAAUAUUCUGUUAUUCUCUAGUCUAUAGUUGUAUUUUUAUAUGAUUUUCUACAAAUCAACAAUCUUUAAUACACGAUACACAUGCAUUUUUCGUUAAAAUGAUGAAGUGCGAAGUUUCGAGAAUAUGAUAUAUAGCGUCACACAACAACCACUAUCUCACCAAUCAAAUUGCCUAAUUUAUAGAUGACAUAAUAAUCACGUUUAUUUUGAAUAUAUGCGCAUGCACUAUCACAGUCAUAAUUGUAAAUUCAACCAUGAUUAAUAUGUCAACCAUGCACUCGCUUGACUAACAUUACGUGCAUGUUAGACACCCUGCGACAUCUGGGCACUUAUCACUAGGCUGAGCAUCAUACAUAUACAAUUGUCCGAUGUGGUAUGUAACUUUAAAAACACUCGAAGUAACCUAAAUAAGUCUUAUCUGAGUUAAGAUUCAACCUUUGGACUCGUGUAAUAACUAACAUAUAUCGAUAAAAGUGUAUUUUUUUUCUUAUUAUUCGAUUGAACAUUUAUUUGUUGUUUUUCAAUGCAACUUGCGGAGAUAAAACGAAUACAGUAGUCAAAUAAGAUCUGCCAUGUAUAAGUAUAUAGUAAUGUUUAAUUAACAGCACGACUAAUCAGCUUUUGUCCAUAUUUGAUAAACGACAUAUGAAUCCAAAGAUUGAGAUGGAUUGCUUACUUGAUUUUAUUUAGAUUUUUUUCAAAAAAGCAAAUAUAUUGAAAAAAUAAGUACUUUUCGAGACACUUAUUCAGCCUAAGGAAAUGUGUGUACCUAUUUUCCAAUGCCGGUGAGUAUGUACCAACUACAAUAUAUACAUCACGGAUACUGCUAGUUCUUGGAUACUGCUUGCUCACCAGUACAUGCUUCCGGCAGUUCAGUCGGUUACUUUCUUUACAACUGCUUUAUAUUAGAAAAAGUAUAAUGAACAAAUAUACCACAGAUACUUGUGUUUUUUAAUGAUGCGUAUCUUCUUUUGUCCUCUUUGUCAUUCUUAAUUGAUUAAGCAAUAUGUUUUUUUAUAUUGACCAAGUUUUAAAUGGAUCUUUUCACGGUUUGGUAAAUUGACAAAAUUGAAAAAAGUUGUUUUAGAAUCGCAAAUUUUCGGUUUAGUAAUGAUAUUUGUGAGGAAACAGUAUUACUGAACAUUUGCCAUGGUCUAAUAUAGCCAUUAUAUGCAUCUUUUGACGAUUUAAAAACCUAAACAUUUUAAAGCGUUGCAACGCGAAACGAUUGAAUAAUUUGGAGAGUUCUGUUGUUGUCGUUUAAAUUUGUGAAACUACGAAGAUUGCUUAUAUAACGUAUAAAAUACGCAUCUUAUGUAUGCUUGGCAGGAUAGCUCAGUUGGCUAAUGCGUUUUUACUUCAGGAUUCCGGGGGUCACUGGUUCAUGCCCUGCUGCGGGCUACUUUUUUUUCUUUAUUUAAACUUUAUUUUUGAUUUUUUUUACUGGAGCUUUUAAAAUUUAAUGUUUACAUUUAUCAAUAUAAAGCAUUUAAUGACAAACUUCAAAACAUGCCAAAAUUUGUGAAAAAGCCCCUUAAAAGAUAUUUUGUAUGCAAAUGUGUCAGAUUUGAUAUAUUCGCAAUCAACAAAACAUGUCACUACUACAUGAUCAUCAAUAAUUAUAAAACAUUAAAUUGUUCAAUAACCCCAUCACAAUAUUAACUAUUUAUGUUUAAGUAUGAUAGUGAGAAAAGUUAUGUUAUGAAUUCGUCAGGUAAUUGUGUUACCCCUACAAAAGUGUUAAUCUAGCAGUGAUGUGAUGAUUGCAUAACAAACGAUAUGAAUUGAGUUUAAGAUUUAAUAUUAAAUUUGUUUUAAAUCUUGGAUGAAGAAGUGCCAUUUGAUCUAGAACAUUAUAUCACAUGUACACUGCUCGAGAUAUAGUGCAUUCAAUAUUUUAUCUUUAAAAUGUUUAAAUCUGAGAUGUAGAAGUGCCAUUUUGAUCUAGAUUAAACAUUAUACAUUUUAUACGCUACAAUUUAAAGGGGCCUUUUCACGUUUGGGUAAAUUGACAAAAUUGAAAAAGGUUGUUUCAGAUUCGCAAAUUUUCGUUUUAGUUAUGAUAUUUGUGAGGAAACAGUAAUUCUGAACACUUACCAUGCUCUAAAAUAGCCAUUAUAUGCAUCUUUUGGCGAUUUAAAAACCCGAAAAUUAUAAAGCGUUGCAACGCGAAACGAAUUUAUAAUUUGGAGAGUUCUGUUGUUGUCGUUAUAUUUUGGGAAACUACGAGGAUUGCUUAUAUAAAGUAUAAAAUACGCAUAGUAUUCCGAACGGAAGGAUGGUCAAGUGGUCUAAAACGUAGACUUUUUACUCCAGGGGUCAGUGGUUCGAUUCCCUCUGUGGGUUACUUUUUUUUCUUUUUACAAUUUUAUUCUUGAUUUUUACUGAAGCUUUUUAUAUUAAAUGUUUAUAUUUAUCAAUAUAAAGCAUUUAAUGACAAACUUCAAAACAUGCACAAAUCUGUGAAAAGGCCCCUUUAAAGUGAAUACGAAAAUUGAAACACCGUUUUAGAUGCUGCAUCUAUGCUUUAAAGGCUCCUCAAACUAAAUUGAAACACGUUUGAGGAGCUGCAUCUAUAGAUUAACGUUGGAAUGAUCAUUAGAAUAUUGAAGAAUUAACAAAAUCAGUUCUUAUAUUAUUACAAUUGUUUAAAUGCUGUGAAUUUUAUACAAUAAUAAAUUGUAGUAAAACACCAAUGUAUACCAUGGUCUACAUGCAAGUUAUGAUACAUUUCAUGCUGCAUUGAUUGUUAAACAUGCCUAUCAUUUAUAUCAAUUGUAUCAUAAUGACAUUGUCUUGUUUAUGCUAAUUUAUGGUCGCCAUUAUUAACAACAAGAAACAACUAUGUUGUAUAUAAAUGUCGCGUAUCAUGUUGUAUCUUAAGUAACGUGUAUAUUUUCCUUAAUGUUUAAGAAAAUGUGUAGUAUGUAUUAUACUAAAGUUGAAGGUUGCUUGUCAUAUUCUUGGUAUAGACUAGUUCUAUGAUCAAAUGAAAGCAACCUCUAUAAAUUUUCAGAUGAAGUGCUGUCACAAGUUAGAAGUAUAAUAUGCUUUUAGAUUUCUCUAAUAUUUGUGCAUAUAUAAUUACGUAUAAUGUCGAUUGUUUUUGUUUAAUGCAUGCUAUUUUCGACGGAAAUUGGAUUUUUAUUAUUUAAAAUGUAAAUAUGUUUAUAAGUAUUGUAUAUCAUUUUAGAAAAAUGGUAUAACAAAAUUGUGUUAUCACCUUACUUGUACAAUUUGGAAGUUUGCCGUAUUUGAACUGUCAAUGCAGAAAGUGAUAAGAUAUUCGUGAUAUGAUUGAAAAAAUACUUUCCAUUUUCUGAUUAGUUCACAUAAAGUUCAAUCUUCUAUAUUAACACAUGAACCGAAAAGGCAGAAAGUGCCAUUCUGACGAUGUUCAUAACAUAUAAACUGUAAAAUGAAAAUACAUCACCAAUUAUCAUUUUCUGUUAAAAACAAUAACAACAACAAACAAAUCUGUAUUCGGUUUACAAAAUUAGUUUUACAAUAUUUUAAAAUGAAGAGUAUAAAACAGGCAUGCGCUUUCAAUGAAUUUCAUCGCUCCGAGACACGCAAUUAAUGUUGACAUUUUGUCUUUUCGUAUUCUUAUUUCACUGCAAUUUAGUUUUUCCGUAUCCGAUAUGAAUAUUCCCAAUAAUGAAUUGCAUCAUGUAUCCGUUCGUCCGUCUCUCCGGUCGUUAAGUUCUUUAUUAUUGCACUAGAUCUCAGGAACAAUCGAUCCUGUGUACGUGAGUACAGUACGUUUUCCGGGGUAGCUGUAUACGUCAGCUUUUCACCUCAGCCUGACCUCUGUAAGCGACCAAUCAAUUUGAAUAUACAAUUUACCGCCGGUAGGCCUGAAACUUUUCGCAGUAGAAAACGUGCAAUCUACAAACAGAUUUCACAUUAACAUUUAUAUGUUAUUCCAUCGACUUUCUAUUUUUGGGAAGUGCAGGGUAUGAAAAGGGAUACACCGAUGUUAACUGCGUAUUCAGCACGAACCAAUUAUUUCUGUAAUGACAAGGUUUGAGAGAUAGAACAGUUUCACAUUCAAAUCUCGACAUCAAUACAUAGUGUGUGCCCCUUUAUAUUUAGAACAAUGUCAGCGCAAGAGCGUUUGUACUUAAAGGCUGUGUUCUCAUAUUUGGUAAUCACUACGAUAUUGCAAACUACGAUAUUGCAUUCUGUGCACUCAUAAAUUUGAGAUCAUAUACGUAUUGUUGUUCAAUAAUAUGAUAUACGCUUUGACGAAAAAUAUUGUUUUCGAAAUUGACCGUUAAACACGUACAUGUUUAAAGCUUUAAACAAGCCGUCGUUCAAGCAGUGUAAUUGUUACCUCACUUCAAUGCAUUGCAUUCUAAACCGCAAGGUAUCAAGGUCAGAUUUCGGUCAGUUACAGAAAUCGUUUUAUAAACGCUAUCGCGUAAACUAUGUGCACUUGAAAUUUAUUUUGAUCAGAAAAAUUCUUAAUAAAGAUAUUCGGCGAUAUUAUUAUGGUAUGUCAAUCAUAGAGUUUUAAUGUGUUUUCAACAAUUGCAUGAUGGCAUGAUAUGGACCAAUUUUGAUUAAUUAAAUAAGGACCAUUGAUCCAUUUAGACCAAUUUAUUAAGCAUGAGCACGAGGAUUCACGAUACUAUUAAUAAUUGAAUCAAAAAUUAAUCGAGUGUUGUCGGCUGACCUAUAUGCUUUCAUUUAUUUCAAUGCUUCUUGCGUUUUUCUAUUCUGUUAAUAUAAAUAUCUCAGUAAUAAUAUUAAAUAAAGCGAAAUAAGCCACGAAAUCUGGCGCAAAACCCCGUAAAUGAUUUGCGUGUGAUGCAGCUAAGAACUGCGCAGACAAAACGGCAUUCGAUAUUUUUGACAUCAUAGAUAUAACUUUUGAUCGUUCAUAAACACCGACCACAAUCAACGCCGUAUAUCUUUUUUAAAGAAACUG